UAUGGUUUGCCAUUUUAUAUGCAGUACCUGGCACAUUGGCCUGAAUACUUUCAAGUUCUAGAAUCUCCCAGUGGAGAGAUCAUGGGUUACAGUAAGAUAUAUUUUCCUACAUGUUUCACAUGUUAAAAAUCAUUAUUAUUUUUUUAAUUUCUGAAAACUGUGUAACUUUGUGAAUAAAUUCAAACGAUCUAUACUCUUUACGUAAGUACGUAAUGCUCCUGUUUCACAUUAAAUAAUGAAUAAUUCUUAAACAUAAAUUGAAACAUCCCUGACAUUUGUAGCUUAUAGUUUCUUCUUUCUCAUGAUAGGUUUACAUUGAGAAGUGAAUAUUAAUGAGUAUAUACACUUAAUUUUUAAGAAAUUUUUGUUGCUUCCUACUUAGAAAGGCUUACAAAAAAAGCUUUUUGAAAUGCUCAGAAUGUGUCAGAAUUAUAUUUACAAUAUUUCAUGUAACAAUCUUCCAUUGCUCAAACUCGUAAAUUAAUGUUCUAAUCAUUUUUACCUUGUAAUGAUCUAUUUUCAUGACAACAGUCAUGGGGAAGGCUGAAGGAACAGGAGAACAGUGGCAUGGUCACGUGACCGCCCUGAGUGUAGCUCCAGAGUUCCGUCGACUUGGCCUGGCGGGAAAACUUAUGAAUGGUUUAGAGGAGAUUUCUGAAAGGUAUGGGAUAAAAAAAACUUGCAUAGAUACGCUGAAGGUGUUGGCUCUGAUAUUUGCAUUAAAUUUAUUCUCUUUGAUAACACUUUUCCAAUUUUAUUGAUGAUUGAUUUCUUUCAGAAAGCGCUGCUAUUUUGUGGAUUUGUUUGUGAGAGUGUCCAACAAAGUUGCUGUGGCCAUGUAUGAAAAGCUUGGUUAUAGUGUUUACAGAAGGGUUCUAGAGUACUACUCGGGAGAAGUCGAUGAAGAUGCUUUUGGUAGGUAGAGUUAUUAUAACUAGCCCUGUGUUCAUAUCUACACAUAGUCUACUUUAUGAGAGGCUACACAUCCUCAUCUAAACAUAGCCUACUUAUUGAGGGUUACAAAUACUCAGUACUUGUACAAAGGACAUAUCAAAAAAAAAUCUGUAUUCAAGAAUGACUAAAGCAAUUAACUUUUCCAUUAUUUACUUUUGUAUUUGUUUAUACUAACUUGGCACUUGCCCCAGAUUUUUAUAUUAAAAAAGGGCAGAUUUUAGAGCAACAAGUGUGUUUAACACUGUCAAUCAGAAGAGAGUUGAAACCCUUUUAUCAGUGUAGCACAGGCCUGCACAACAUACGGCCCGCAGGCCACAUGCGGCCCGCCAGCACACACUUUGCAGCCCACGAAGUAACGAAGUAUUCUUGAUUCUUUUUAUUUUCUUAAUAGCUUUCCCCACUGUCCAAUUGUCCUUUGGCCCACAUAAGUCCUGUCCUAUUUUCUAUUGGCCCGCACAGGUUUUCAUAAAGUAUUACGGCCCGCCUUACAUUUUGAGUUGUGCAGGCCUGGUGUAGCACAUCAAUAAGUAACCCUUGUGUCCAAUUGUCUACACCAGCUCAGUAUGAAGUUGGUAAAAAUCGACAUAAUAUGUGAAGAAAUUGCUGACUUCACAUUUUCAAGUUGCACAUAAAGGAACACAUUUUCAAGAUGCACAUAGAGAAACACAUUUUCAAGAUGCACAUAUAGGAAAUGUAGCAAAUGUUUUAGUGAAUUACGUAUGUUUAAAAAACAUUAUUGUAACAUCGCCAGCAAUGAAAGAGAGAGUGUCCCAUUGAAACUUGAAAAGCAACUUUGCUGGCAUAAUUAAUAUACUUUGAGACAGUAUAUAAUCAAUCGUCAAUUCCAUUAUUGAAAUGUCAAUCCAUUGUUAACAGUUGACAGAAUUAAUAACCCAUAAUCCCCAUUGUGUUAGUUCUUUGCAAGAUAUGGCUUUGAAAAGGGCUUAGUGAAAGUUAAUGGCUGUCAUGCACACCAGGCGGAAUGCUCUGAACAAAAUUGCCAUUAUUUCUUGUCUCCACUGACGUUUUUGAUGUAAAUCUUACACUUAGAAGAGCUUUUGUUUACUAAUGUGUAGGAAUUAUUUGGAAAGAAAAACGAACAGAAUGGAUUUUUUUUAGCAAAGUGGGGAUAAUGAACACUUUGUUUUGUUGUUUUUUUUCAUCAGCUUUGUGUGGAUAUGCAUGUAAUGUCAUCCAGUAAAAAGUUUAAUAAAAGACUGAGAAUAGCAACAUUUUAUGGCAUUAGUUUUGGUGACAAUUUAUAACCGUGUGAAGUACGGUAUGAAGUACCACAGGAAGUACCACAGGAAGUACCAUUUGAAGUACUGUAUGAAGUGAUUUUAAUUUAUUUUGUUCUACAUUUCUUUAGAUAUGAGAAAAGCUCUAUCCAGAGACAAGGAUAAGAAGUCUGUGAUACCGCUGCCCCACCCGGUACGCCCCGAUGAGCUGGACUGACACGGGGAAGGACACAAUACUCUUGCAGGCAUGACGGAGGUGCUGUUUGUUGCUAUUUUUAUACUUGCUGGUUCCUGUUUUUUCCUUCUUCUAGAACUGUGGUUACAAAAGCAGAAGAGAACAAUGGAUCUUAACAGAGAACUCUAAAUGUAGCUAACUGAUGGAUCUUCUGUUUUAAAAAAAGUUGAAUCUAAUUAAAAUUGAAAUUAAACAUAAUUAACUCCAGACCCUAGUAUUAUUUUGCAAUUUAUUUAAUCAAAUUGUUUUUUGCACCUAUCACACUAUGCAUUGAAAUAAAACUCUAAAUUAAUAGUCUUUUUAACCAGACCCUGAAAAGUUCUUUGUGAUUCAAUUUCAUGAUCGCCAGUGUACCUUGAAAUAAGAAUUGCAACCAGCCAGCCUGCCAGAGUAAUGUGCCCUGAUAACUUUCUGUGUUAGUGUGUUAUUGUCAACAGUUGUCUCCCCUUAAAGGAUAUAUUUAUUUUAAAAAACAACUAAAACAUAACAUUUUCCUUUAAAAAAAAAAAUGUCACUAUAUCCUCUACAACUUCUUGCAAUAAACUUGAAUAACUUUUCUUGUAUCACUAUAUGCUAUUUGAUGUAAGAUAUGGAAAAUAAAAUUAGUUAUAUUUGUUUAAAUGCAAAAAAAUUGUUUACAGGACAAGGGGAGUCCACUGUUGUGCCAUUUUCAUUAAUGUUCUGUAUAUACAAGUUAAUGUAAUUUCAGAUGAUAAGCAGAUGUCAUUCAAAUGUCCUUUUUGUAAGUGCUGUCAUUCAGAUGUCAUUUGUUGCAAUCAGUUUAAUUGUUUGGUUUCUAUACUGGAAUGGUUUAACUGUAUGGUAUCUAUAUAUGAAUGGGUUGACUGUAUGGUAUCAACACUGGAAUGGUUUCACUGUCUUUUACUUGUACUAAGAUGGUUUUGCAUCUGUACUUGGAUCUUUUAGCUGCAUUGUAUCCGUUCUGGGACGGUUUAAUAGGUGGCCUCAUGUCUCUAGGGAGCUUGGAGGCCUCACGCCUCUUAGAAACCUCACACGUCUAUGGAGCCUCACCCUUCUACGGGCCAAUCUUGUUCAUGAGUAUUAAAAUAUUUUUUGGCAUUUUAAUUUGAUUUCAAAAUGCAGCGAGAAGACUGAUUUUUCCAGUUUUUUAAAACAAGUUUUCGGUUUACCCAUCAGUUCAAUUUUUUGGUACAGUAGUUUUAGAAAAAGUUUCUUUUGAUACAUUGUCUUUUUGAAAAAAAUUCAGGGAUGGGGG